UGUCAGGUUGCUAUCUAGUUAGCUAGCCUGCAGGAUAAGUUCAUUCACAAUGGACAGAAAUAAAUAGAUACAGGUUAUUUAACAGCGGUUAAGAAGAUAUGGUGUUGCAACGUGAACGAUUGUCUUGCUUUUAGCUGAGUUCGCUUCAGUCAAAAGUCAUCGAAAGCAGCACAAUCAAAAGAGAAGACUAAGGUGACUACGGCCCAGAGUUGGUCCGUCAGGUGACUACGACCCGGAGUUGGUCCGUCAGGUGACUACGACCCGGAGUUGGUCCGUCAGGUGACUACGACCCGGAGUUGGUCCGUCAGGUGACUUCGACCCGGAUUUGGUCCGUCAGGUGACUACGGCCCGGAGUUGGUCCGUCAGGUGACUACGGCCCGGAGUUGGUCCGUCAGGUGACUACGGCCCGGAGUUGGUCCGUCAGGUGACUACGGCCCGGAGUUGGUGCGUCAGGUGACUACGGCCCGGAGUUGGUGCGUCAGGUGACUACGGCCCGGAGUUGGUGCGUCAGAGUGUGCCAUGGCGGCUGGUGUUAGCCUGCUGACUGAUGUGCCCUACUCUUCCUCUGGGGACCUCAACACAGGCAACAGCAUGAACACAGUCAGUACUCGGGUCCCCACAGCCAAGUACACCAAGGUGGGGGAGACUUUGAGACAUGUGAUCCCAGGUCACAUGCAGUGCUCCAUGGCGUGUGGAGGGAGGGCCUGUAAAUAUGAGAACCCGGCCCGCUGGAGUGACAAGGAGCAGGCCGUUAAGGGACUGUACUCCUCAUGGAUAACUGACAACUUGCUGGCGAUGGCAAGGCCUUCUACUGAAAUCCUUGAGAAAUACAAUAUCAUAGAGCAGUUUACAAGAUGUGGCCUUCGUACGGUGAUCAACCUGCAGCGUCCCGGGGAACACGCCAGCUGUGGCAACCCUCUGGAACACGCCUCUGGAUUCACCUACAGACCUGAGGUGUUCAUGGAGGCUGGCAUUUAUUUCUAUAACUUUGGCUGGAAGGACUAUGGCGUGGCGUCCCUAACUACUAUACUGGACAUGGUCAAGGUGAUGUCGUUCGCCAUCCAGGAGGGAAAGAUGGCCGUGCACUGUCACGCCGGCCUAGGGAGAACAGGUGUAUUACUGGCGUGUUAUCUGGUGUUCACCUCUCGUAUGAGUGCGGACCAGGCCAUCCUGUUUGUCAGAGCCAAGCGGCCCAACUCCAUCCAGACCCGAGGCCAGCUGCUGUGUGUCCGGGAGUUCGCCCAGUUCCUGGUUCCGUUGAGGAACGUGUUCUCCUGCGCAGAACCCCGGGCCAACGCUGUUACGCUGUCCCAGUACCUGACUCGCCAACGCCACCUGCUGCACGGGUACGAGGCGCGGCAGAUGAAGAACGUGCCAAAGAUCGUCCAGCUGGUCUGCAAGGUCCUCCUGGACAUCGCUGCCAAUAGACAGGUGGUGGUGGAGGAGGCGGUGUUGGAGGUUCCAGACCUGACGGCGGAGGUAGAGAAGACAGUGUCCCAGCAGGCCAUCCAGCUGCUGGGGAAGGAGAUGAGAGGGAAGGGCAUCCCUGUGCCUUCACCCCGCCUGCCUUGUCCCCGCCCUGAGACAGCCCUAACCCAGCCUUGUCCCCGCCCUGAGACAGCCCUAACCCAGCCUUGUCCCCGCCCUGAGACAGCCCUAACCCAGCCUUGUCCCCGCCCUGAGACAGCCCUAACCCAGCCUUGUCCCCACCCUGAGACAGCCCUAACCCAGCCUUGUCCCCGCCCUGAGACAGCCCUAACCCAGCCUUGUCCCCGCCCUGAGACAGCCCUAACCCAGCCUUGUCCCCGCCCUGAGACAGCCCUAACCCAGCCUUGUCCCCGCCCUGAGACAGCCCUAACCCACACACUACACAUGGAACGACCUCUCACUCCAAACCUAGCACUACUCCAGGAACCAUCGUUACUCUUAGAGCCCACUCUCAGCCCAGCCCUGGCUCACGACCCGGUUCUGUCCAGUGACCAGGAGCUGGACCCUCUGUGGCAGCGGCAGAAUGGGGUGGCAGCCUCCCUCCUGAAGCCUCUGCAUCCGGGGAAACGCUUGCUGAGUUACAGUGACUCAGCCUUGUAUAAGCUAGACCCCAGAAGAGACCCAGACCAGGAGCAGAACCAGAACCACAUCUGGAGCAUCCCUUGCGGCAAUCCUCUGACCCAGCACCAGCUAGCCACAGCCUGGGAGCCCCCCACAUCCCCUAGCCUCCCUCCACAGCACCACCCCUUCUCCAUGGGAGAGCAGACAAGGGAGGAGAGGCGAGGAGGACAGGAAAGGAGUUCUAAGGCGAGUGAUCACCACACCCAGAAGAACAUGUCUCCUCUCUUCCAGCGACGGAAGCAGCUCUGCGAGGGCCAGCGAAGUCUGUCCUUUGGGUUUGGGGGUAGUCUGUCCAAGCCCUCGGGAGAAGAGCUGUCAGAGGGGAGGCCGUGGAGAGGAGACAUGCCUGUGAUGAGCCUUACAGGAGAGGAGUCUGUGUGUGGGGUAGACAGGGCUGGAGACAGAGAGGAAAGAGUGAGGGGGAAGGCUGGAGAAAAAGAGGACAGAGAGGAACGGAAGGACAGAGAGGACAGGGAGAGCCUGACAGAGGUCCCUGUCAUCACCCUGUAUGCUGAGCUGUCCCUGGAAGCCAGACGUCUGCUGGUGGCCAGAGCUCUGGCUUUGGGCCUGAAUGAUGAAGAUCUCCACUACAAGGUCUCAGUGUGGCAGACAGAGCUGAACUCCAGAGAAGGAGCCUGGGAGAGGCUGAGUCUAGAGAGAGACCCUAUGGUGCUGGCUGGUCUUAUGUGGUCCUGGCUGGAGCAGCUCAAAGAGCCAAUCAUCUCCUCUCAGGAUGUCCAGGCCCUGGGCCAGAAGAACUACAACUCUCAGCAUGCACUCAGUUCUCUGGAGAAGGGCCACAGACUGACCCUGCUCUGCAUCCUGGACUGUGCUGCUCAUCUGCUGGCCUUACCUGACAAGGAGGAAGCUGCCUUCCUCAAUCACACCAUCAAGGUGUUCACUAAGAUCUCCUCAGAGAGUGACAAUGUUCUACACCAGACACUGAUGGCCACCCUGACUCCCAUCCUGCAUCAGCUGAGAGACAGAGCUGAGGAGGAGAUGGAGUCGACCAACCACUCAUCCUGAUGUUGCUCUUCUCUCCUCUCCCCCCCACCCCCCCUGUUCUUUGCUUCUAGUUUAACCCAGCUCUGUUUUGACCAGCUAACCUCCUCCCGCCUCUCCUCCCCUUCUUUCUCUCUCCUGGCCCAACGUUAAAGGAAAACUCCACCCAAAACUAUAUUUUGGAAUUUGUUUCAUUAGUCCAUAGUUGACAUAGUCCCAAACUGUUUUGCUUGUCAGCAAUCAAGUUUUUAAGUUAUGUAACUUUCAAAUUGCGUCAUAUGUGGAUGAUUUCUAUAUUUUGAAAGUUACAUAUCUUGGAAACUUGAUUGCUGACAAGCAAAACAGUUUGGGACUAUGUCAACAUUGGACUAAUGAAACAAAUACCAAAAGAGAGUUUUUAGGUGGAGUUUUCCAUUAAGCUCUGUCCUGACUAGCUAACGGACGAUACUGCUGCUGCGCUGCGUUCCCUACUGUUACCAAGCUUUAGAUGAAAUAAUGAUGAUGUUGUAUGACAACGUGAUGUGAUUUCAGCAUCAAGGUUUGUUUUUGUUUGUUUUUAAUGUAAAACUGCCAUACUGUGUUAAUGUGCCAGGUGAUGUUUCAGCUACAUGACUCAUCCAUCUACUACUGUAGGUGUUGCUGUGGAAACGGAUGGUCGUCCCAAAUAGCACCCUAUUCCUUAUAUAGUGCACGACUUUAGACCAUGGCCCUAUUCCUUAUAUAGUGCACUACUAUAGACCAGGGCCCUAUUCCUUAUAUAGUGCACGACUUUAGACCAGGGCCCUAUUCCCUAUAUAGUGCACUACUUUAGACCAGGGCCCUAUUCCCUAUAUAGUGCACUACUUUAGACCAGGGCCCUGUUCCCUAUGUAAUGCACUACUUUAGACCAGGGUCCUAUUCCCUAUAUAGUGCACUACUUUAGACCAGGGCCCUAUUCCUUAUAUAGUGCACUACUUUAGACCAGGGCCCUAUUCCUUAUAUAGUGCACUACUUUAGACCAGGGCCCUAUUCCUUAUAUAGUGCACUACUUUAGACCAGGGUCCUAUUCCUUAUGUAGUACACUACUUUAGACCAGGUUCCUAUUCCCUAUAUAGUGCACUACUUUAGACCAGGGUCCUAUUCCUUAUAUAGUGCACUACUUUAGACCAGAGCCCAAUGAGUCAUUUUCAAAAGUAUGUAGUGCACUAUAUAGGGAAUAGGGUGUUGGUCGGUACGUUGGUUUUUGUCAGCAUUGACUGGAAAGGGAAUCCUGAUGAAAUGAAGGUAAAUGUUAUUUUAUUUCCGUGAAGAAUUGAACUUCUGCUUUGCUCAGCUGAAGAAGAGAAAAAAAAUAAAAACUUGAUUUAAUUUUAACCAAAAUAUAUUUUCACUGUCUAAAACUAACCAAUGUCUUAUUUAUUGAACUUCUCUCUUGAUUAGAAAAACAUGAUGAAACAGGAUGUCCCAAAUAGCACCCUAUUGCCUAUAUAGUGCACUACUUUAGACCAGGACCCUAUUCCCUAUAUAGUGCACUACUUUAGACCAGGGUCCUAUUCCCUAUAUAGUGCACUACUUUAGACCAGGGUCCUAUUCCCUAUAUAGUGCACUACGUUAGACCAGAUUCCUAUUCCCUAUAUAGUGCACUACUUUAGACCAGGGUCCUGUUCCCUAUAUUGUGCCGUGGGCUCUAGUCAGAAGUAGUGCACUAUAUAGGGAAUAGAGUGCCAUUUGGGAUGCAGACCGACAAAAUGCAGAACUUGAUAUGUUAAUGAGUAAAUUGCUUAGCUAGAUUAAAAUGCAACUGGAAAUGCUCUUUCUAUCGUAAGUAAUGCAAACGAGCUGGUCACAGUGAUUGUCCUUCUAAAGCAAUACUGUCAUUUUGUCCUCAUCUUAAAUAAUACACCAAAAACACCUGACUGAGACAUGAGAAAACAUUGUACUGUAUGAAAUGGCAUUCCCACUGGGCAUAGACAACGUUGAUUCAACCAGUGUGUCCCCAGUGGGUUAGGACGACUUCAUCAAAACCUGCCUCCAACCACCUCUGCAUUUAAACGCUCUCUGCCUCAACUACUAUAAUGGCCUGAUAUGGGGAUCUAUAAUGUCACUGUGUUUAUUAGUUAACUACUAUAAUGGCCUGAUAUGGGGAUCUAUAAUGUCACUGUGUUUAUUAGUUAACUACUAUAAUGGCCUGAUAUGGGGAUCUAUAAUGUCACUGUGUUUAUUAGUUAACUACUAUAAUGGCCUGAUAUGGGGAUUUAUAAUGUCACUGUGUUUAUUAGUUAACUACUAUAAUGGCCUGAUAUGGGGAUUUAUAAUGUCACUGUGUUUAUUAGUUAACUACUAUAAUGGCCUGAUAUGGGGAUCUAUAAUGUCACUGUGUUUAUUAGUUAACUACUAUAAUGGCCUGAUAUGGGGAUCUAUAAUGUCACUGUGUUUAUUAGUUAACUACUAUAAUGGCCUGAUAUGGGGAUCUAUAAUGUCACUGUGUUUAUUAGUUAACUACUAUAAUGGCCUGAUAUGGGGAUCUAUAAUGUCACUGUGUUUAUUAGUUAACUACUAUAAUGGCCUGAUAUGGGGAUCUAUAAUGUCAGUGUGUUUAUUAGUUAACUACUAUAAUGGCCUGAUAUGGGGAUCUAUAAUGUCACUGUGUUUAUUAGUUAACUACUAUAAUGGCCUGAUAUGGGGAUCUAUAAUGUCACUGUGUUUAUUAGUUAACUACUAUAAUGGCCCUAUAUGGGGAUCUAUAAUGUCACUGUGUUUAUUAGUUAACUACUAUAAUGGCCUGAUAUGGGGAUCUAUAAUGUCACUGUGUUUAUUAGUUAACUACUAUAAUGGCCUGAUAUGGGGAUCUAUAAUGUCACUGUGUUUAUUAGUUAACUACUAUAAUGGCCUGAUAUGGGGAUCUAUAAUGUCACUGUGUUUAUUAGUUAACUACUAUAAUGGCCCUAUAUGGGGAUCUAUAAUGUCACUGUGUUUAUUAGUUAACUACUAUAAUGGCCCUAUAUGGGGAUCUAUAAUGUCACUGUGUUUAUUAGUUAACUACUAUAAUGGCCUGAUAUGGGGAUCUAUAAUGUCACUGUGUUUAUUAGUUAACUACUAUAAUGGCCUGAUAUGAAGAUCUGUACUGCUGUCUCCAAAGGAAACACUGUAGAUUGUUGAACACCGUCGCCGCUAAGACUACUCUGACCUCACUUACUGGACUGGCGUCCCAAAUGGCACCCUACUCCCUUUAUAGUGCACUACUAUUCCUUUUGGGUCUAAAGUAGUGUACUAUAUAUGGAAUAGGGUGCCAUUUGGGAUGCAGGCCCAGGAGACAAUGUAAAGACAACACUUUGUCAGUGUAAAGACAACACUUUGUCAAUGUAAAGACAACACUUUGUCAGUGUAAGGACAACACUUUGUCAAUGUAAAGACAACACUUUGUCAGUGUAAGGACAACACUUUGUCAAUGUAAAGACAACACUUUGUCAAUGUAAAGACAACACUUUGUCAAUGUAAGGACAACACUUUGUCAAUGUAAGGACAACACUUUGUCAAUGUAAGGACAACACUUUGUCAAUGUAAAGACAACACUUUGUCAAUGUAAAGACAACACUUUGUCAAUGUAAGGACAACACUUUGUCAAUGUAAGGACAACACUUUGUCAAUGUAAGGACAACACUUUGUCAAUGUAAGGACAACACUUUGUCAAUGUAAGGACAACACUUUGUCAAUGUAAAGACAACACUUUGUCAACGUAAUGUAGGUCUGUUUGAUGGGCCGGUUGCCCACUGCAGACGUGUAACACUGACAGAAGCCCUCCAGUUUAACUAAGGGACGUAAACUGCUGCAGCUCCAUUAAAGGGACGGGAGCUGCAGCUCCAUUAAAGGGACGGGAGCUGCAGCUCCAUUAAAGGGACGGGAGCUGCAGCUCCAUUAAAGGGACGGGAGCUGCAGCUCCAUUAAAGGGACGGGAGCUGCAGCUCCAUUAAAGGGACGGGAGCUGCAGCUCCAUUAAAGGGACGGGAGCUGCAGCUCCAUUAAAGGGACGGGAGCUGCAGCUCCAUUAAAGGGACGGGAGCUGCAGCUCCAUUAAAGGGACGGGAGCUGCAGCUCCAUUAAAGGGAUGGUGAUUUCAGAUGUACGUUGUAGCAACGUUGUACUGUUUAACUGUUCAAGAAGCACAAUUCUCUCAUUGUUACAUUCGUUAUAAAUAAAUUAAAUGUGCUUAACA